UGUGAAAGUCGGUCUCGACUCUCGAAAAAUAUUGUACAACUCCCCCGAGAAAUAUUUGGAAUCUUGUGGCGAGAGGUCACGCGCAACAAUACGCAGACCUGGCCAAGAUUUCUUUGAGUGGUAUUAUAGAGUGCUAUCAAAUUUAAAAUGCUGCCUUCACAUUUUAGCGCAUCAAAUUAUGGUAUCUUUGCUUGUGUUGUUAUAUUUGCGCUCUUAUAUUUCCUGGUUUAUUUUAAUACGAAGACACGAAAUUCUAAUUUGCCUGGUAUUUGUUCCAAGCACCCAGACAAAGGAAAUUUAGAAGAUAUGCAGGAUGCUGGAAGUCUUCAUGAAUUUUUAACAAAUCUUCAUAAAGAAUAUGGUCCAUUAGCAAGUUUUUGGUGGGGAAAACAGCUUGUUGUAUCACUGGCAUCACCAAAAUUGUUUGAUGAAAUCAAAGUACUUUUUGACAGACCAAAAUAUCUAUUUGAAGCUUAUGUUGAUUUCACUGGUCCAAGGAGUAUUCAGUUUAUGAAUGGUGCUGAAGGUCGCAAGAGACGUCAUUUGAUGGAUGAAGGGUUUAGUCAUACAGCUGUUGCUUACUAUUAUGAUGAUUUUGUCAAGGUUGCUACAGAACUUUCUGAAAAAUGGGCAUCUCAACCAUCAGACCAACAUAUUCCUCUCUCCCAACAUAUGAUUGCAUUAAGCAUGAAAGCUAUUGGUCUUGCAGCUUUGGGAAAUGGAAUGAAAGAUGAACAACAGCUUCUCAAAAUGUCCAAGGCUUAUCAUGUUUGCUGGCAAGAGGAGGAAGAUACAUUGAAAGGAAAUCUGCCAGAAGAAGGAGACGGACGCAUGGAAAAAUUUGCAGAAAGCCGAGACUACUUACGGAGUAUCAUAAAAGACGUUAUUCGAAAAAGAAGAGACCAAAAAGAUAAAAAAGAUCAAAUCUUUCUGGAUAGCCUCAUGGAUGCUGAUUUUAUUGAUGAGGAAGAGUUGACAGAUCAAACUAUUACGUUCUUGAUUGGAGGUUUUCAUACAACUGGAAACACGUUGGCGUGGUGUUUGUAUUUUCUGGCUACACAUGAAGAAGUCCAAGAAAAACUGUAUCAGGAAUUUGUUGAUGUUUUGGGAGAGGAAACGAUUACAGCGCAGAUUUUACCGCAAUUGAAAUUCUGCAGGCAAGUGACUGAUGAAACAAUGAGGUGUUCUGCUCUUGCUCCUUGGGCUGCCAGAUAUGCAGACUAUGAUAUACAAAUUGGAGAGCACGUUAUACCAAAACAGACUCCUAUCAUUACUGCCCUUGGUGUCGUUCUUAAAGAUGAAGAUGUAUGGCCUGACCCAGACAAGUUUGAUCCGGAGCGUUUCAAUGCAGAGGAGAUAAAAAAGCGCCAUCCAAUGGCUUUUCAACCUUUUGGCUUCGCUGGCAAACGUAAAUGUCCUGGUUAUCGUUUUUCCUACGCUGAAGUUGCAGUGGUCCUAUCUGUUUUCCUGCGUCGUUUCAAAAUUCACAUGGUUGAAGGUCAAGUUGUUGAACCCGAGUACCGUUUAGUAACCCAGCCCAAGGAAGAAAUCUGGAUCACAGUAACAGAACGAUAGAAUAUCUUAUUGUCAUGCAUGUUUCGCGAAUAACAGUGCAGGAUAUUAAAAAUAUAGCUACUGUAAAAUUAUCGUUAUAAGUGAGCAUAAUUUAGUGUAUAAUUUAAAGCUCCAAAAUCCAAAUUAGUCACUAAAAUAGCUAUUAACAAUGAACUCAAAAUUAUAAUAGUUUUUUCCGUUGCAUGUUAUUCAGACAAAAUAAAUUUAAGAAAGAAUCCCUAGACUGAAUGUAAAGGACUCAAACAGGUUGUCCUGAAUUUGACACAAAGACGAAAUUUGUUUCUUUGUUUGAGAAACGAGGAAAAGAAUGCAUAAAUUGAUUUUUGUAUUUUGUAUGUAGCUAUCCAAUUAAUAAAAAAUUCAGGAUUAUUAUUGUGUUAAUCAUGUCAAAUAAAA